GUGAACAUAGCAGUACUUAUUCAAUAUUAAAUUCUUAACUAUAAAUAGAUUAGGUCAAUUCCGAAAUUGGUAUCAGACACUCAUUUACUUCCAAAGUAAACACAAGAAACCAAAACUAAUCAACAUGUUCAAAUUUGCCGUUGUUAUUUUCGCCAUCAUUGCCUGCGCUGCUGCCAAGCCUGGUUUGGUUGGUGCUCCUUUGGCCUACACCGCUCCCGCUGCUGUUGUUGCUGCUGCCCCAGCUCCAUUUGUCACUGCCACCAGCAGCCAAUACGUUGCCCGUAACUACAAUGGCAUUGCCACAGCUCCACUUGUUGCUCCCGUUGCCGCCCCUGUUGUAGCCAAAACUUUUGCUGCUCCCCUUGUUGCCAAGACUUUCGCUGCCCCAGUUGCCGCUGCCUACUCUGCUCCAGUUGUUGCCAAAUACGCCGCUACCUAUGCUGCUCCUUUCGCAUACUCUGCCCCCUUGACCUAUGCUGCUGCUCCAGCUCCAGUUUUGUUGUAAAAACUUUGAGACUUCUUUCGAUUUGCCAUAUGUAGGAAAUAAACGACUUA